AACACUUCAUUAUCUCCCUUCCUCAGCUGUAUGUUUUCUGAGUCAGCAUUAGCUGAAUUUUCCAGCCAGCCAGCUGUGAAAUGUUCUGGGGACGUCAUGUAUUUCCAGCUAGUGCCCUUGACCAGUAGAUGCCUUUUUAGCUGAGCAACAAAUAUUUGCUGACAUUCUUUUGGUGAAUCAGUACAGUGGCAUCUAUGUAGCUGUCAAGAAAGUCAUCUCAAAGCCCAUAGCAAGGGGACUGGCAAUACACCAUUGUCUUUAACGUAGGCAACAACCCAUCCUGAGUUUUUUCAUUUGUUAUUGGUGUUAAUGAUAAUGGGAACUUAUUCUGGAGUUAUCCUGGUUUUGUUCUCAAUCUGGAUUAUGAAAUUCCUAGCUCAAGGCUCUUUCAAUGUGAAAGAUCUCACCAUUAAGGAGUGCAGGACUGCAGGCAUAACCCUAAUUUCUCAUCCAAACAAACUGAAUUUCUCAGAAGCAGAAAGUGCAUGUAGACAGCUGGGGUUACAGCUGGCAAGCAAAACCCAGGUUGAGAAGGCCUGGAAUCAUGGCUUUGAAACAUGCAGCUUUGGAUGGGUGGCAGAUAAAUGGCUUGUCAUUUCUCGGGUUAUCCCAAAUCCAAAAUGUGGUCAGAACAAAACUGGAGUAGCAGAUUGGAAAGCCUCUCUCUCCCGCAGAUAUCAUGGUUUCUGCUUCAAUUCUUCAGAUAUUUGGAUUGAUUCAUGCAUACCAGAAACAGGUACAACCCUGUUAUCUGCAACAGAUCCAGAAGUAAACUCAUCUUCAACAGCUUCAUCUCAGGGCAUCACAGAGAUGCCUACUGCUACUGAGUCACCAAAACCCCAAAUACCUCGGAAGACCUUUCGCAUAAAAUGUGUAACGGAAACCAUUUUACCAACAGUACAGCCUAUUUUGGAAAGUGAAGAGGAGAUGGCAGUGCCUAAUGGAAACCAAGCUGCCUUUACAAAUGAUAGUGUUGUAUUUGGAGGUGUACCCAUUGCACUCCUGGUACUGGCACUCAUCUUCUUUAUGGCAUCAGCUGUUCUUGCAGUCUGCUAUAUCAGAAAGUACAAGAGAACCUGCCCAUUUUCAAACAAGAAGCCCCAAAAAGAAAGGAUUGAAGCCAAAGUCAUCAAAGACGCUAAGUCAAUUGACAAUGCUCCUGAGAAGGAAUCAAAGAAUAAUGGGAAAAAAGCAGAAGAGCCUCAAACCAAGCCAGAGGCCACAGUAAAAUGUGUGGAAGCAGAAGUUUGAAAGGAUAAAUAUAACAGCAAGUUUUACAGAUUUAAAAUGAAGAAUGCAGAAUUAGCAAAACAUUUAUAAAUUGUUUGUUUCCCCAUCUUAAAAAGGGGAUAAUGAUACCUACCUAUCUUUGUAAAGUGCUUUGAGAGCUACUGAUGAAAAAACACUUUAUAAGAGCUAGGGUAUUAUAUUACUGUAAAUACUGGCAAGGUGAAUGCAUAUUUCUUAGUUCAAAUGUUUGUACAGUCAGCAUUCUAUGACUAUUAAUUACACUUCCUCUUUGGUAUAAAAUGUUCUUUUGCAGAAACAUGGUAUCUUAUUCAUAUUAAUAUUAAAAAUAAAAUAAAACAACCAUCUCACAACUCAACAUUUUCCAUUUUAACAAGAAGUAACUAAGUCUAAGAAUGCCUUGUUGAUUGAGAUACAGUGUAUAAUUGUUUGCAUAAAAUUCAGAACACAUCUAAAAUAAAAUGUAUGUUUCUUUCUAUCCUGGAGGUUGUCUGCUAAUGUAAUAGCAUCCACAAUUAAUACCUGAUCCUGCAAACCUUACUCGUUCAGACAAUUCGUAUUCAGGCAAGUAGUUCCAUUGAGUUCAAAAGGACUGCUGGCAUGAGUGGGGAUUACUCAGGUAAGGGUUGAUGAAUCAGCCCCCUAGCCUGUAAGUUCCCAAACAAGGGGACUUUUAGAUUUACUAUAAAUAUAAGUAAGGUAUUUAUACUGAGUAUAAUGUAAUCAACAAUGAAGUAUUUUCUUGGGUAUAUCACUGUAUCAUAAUUUACAAUUUUAUUUAUUAAACUCAAGACUGCAUCAUUCUUCAGAUAACUGACAGUAAAAACACCUUUAAAACUGUAUCACAAUCUGUAUCAUAAAGGUCUCUGAUAUCUAUUUCAAUGUAUUUUCAAAAGAAACAGUGGCAUGAGAAGUUUACAGCAUUUAAUAAGAAAAUAAAGUACAGUAGAUAUA